AUCCAUGAACAGAUGAAUGGAUAAAUAAAAUGUGGUACCUAACAUGCAAUGGAAUGUUAUUCAGCCAUAAGAAGGAGUGAAGUUCUGAUACAAGCUAUAAGAUAGAUGAACCUUGAAAAGAUUAUGCUCAGUGAAAUAAGCCAGUCAAAUAGUGUAUGAUUCCAUUUAUAUGAGAUAUCUAAAAUAGGCAAAUUCAUAGAGACACAAAGCAGAUUAGAGGUUAUCAAGGGCUAGUGGAGAGGAGGGAGUUAUGGCUUCAUGGGGUUUCUGUUUGGUGAUGGAAGAGUUUAAAAAACAGUGGCAAUAAUUGUACAACAUUGUGAAUAUCACUAAUGCCACUGAAUUGCACACUUACAAAUAGUUAUAAUGGCCUAUUUUAUGUUAUAUAUAUUUUACUGCAAUAAAAUGUAAUGUCAGGUAAUAUACAUGAAGAUUCAAUUUGGUCAAUAUAAAAAAAUAUAUUGGGGAUUAAUUCUGAGCAAGACAGGGACAUCUUCCUCUGUCCUUCCUGUGCUCUGGGAGCAUAGGUAAGGGUGUGUGCAGAUACAGCUGAGAUGGCCCUUGUCCUAAGGGACAUUCAGGGAGUUCCUGACAGUUUCUAUUUUCUUUGCUAACCAAGAGGCAAGCUCCUCUGCUUGGAGUGGACAGGAUGAGUAGAAGUUUAAUAAGGAACUAGAGGAGAGCAGUGAAGGUUAAGAAUGGCCACCUAGGGGAAUGGGAGAGAGAGCUGAGCAACGGUAAAUAAAAGAACGGUUGAUGUAUUCUCCUGACCCAGUCGAGACUGGUACACUGCACAUGUUUAGUGUUCAUCUUCUUGGUUUCUUGAUUUUUUUUCCCCCACUGCACCAGGUGUAGGAAUCAGAGAAGCUGGAUUGAUUGCUAGACUGCUCCUGGAUGGAGUGUUUAUGGCAUGGGCACAGUGGAGGGCUAAUAGCCUAAGAGGGUGAUUCGAGAGGGCAUGUAAAAGGAUGGUUCCAAGGGCCAACCAGGGGGUGCAGAUUUGAUACAAAAGAGGAGUCUGCAGGGGACUCAUUACCCUGGAGAAAGAGGAGUUGAAAUGAAAAAGUGGGUAUAAUGGGAGGGAGGAGUGAGAGAUAGACUAGGAUAUUGGACUUUCAGUGUGGCAGAGGUGGGACUCUUCUGGUUGAUGACAUUAUAAGAUUAGGUUCUAAUAGGGAAGGUGAAGUUGUAGAAAUGGUUGGUGUAUCAGAGUAGACAUCAACUGCUGUCACAAGUAGAUGAAAAUAGAUAUAAUGGCUUAACUAUAGUAGAAGUUUCUUAAUAUAAAUAGUCCAAGGUGGUUGGUGGAGGUGUUCUGCUUCACUGUAAUUCAAGGUCCCAGUCUGAUGGGAGCUCUGUCAUCUUCAGCUGGAUGCUUUCAAAGAUCACUUGGGCACUGACAUUCAGUUGGUGUAAGGAUAAAGCACAAGAAGGAGCACACAUGGGUGGUUUUAUGGGCCAGGCUAGAGACAGGUGCACGUCAUCCCUUCUCGUGUCAUUGGCCAGAAUGUGGUCACACGGCCACACCGAAUUGCAAGGAAGUCUGGGAGAUGUGUAGUUGUGUGUCCUGGAUAAAGAGCAGCUCUUGCUACACUUGAGCUUUAAAGCCAUUCUUUAAAGCAUUGGCUGAUGCGACACUGCUACUUAGUCUAUCUUUAAGUCCAGAGAUAAAUUUUAAAAAGACUAACUUUAAGAGAUCAACUGAAGUGAAGAAGCCUUAUCUGACCAUACAUGGGAAGCCUUCACUUCUAGUUCUGUUUCUUCAAUCUAUUCUUUCUUUCUUAUCUAGGCAGAAUUCUCUGUAACCUAGUUUCCUCAUUUGAUGACAUGAGUUUCAAUCUCUUUCCUUCAUCAGAAAUGUGUACGUGAUUUUGUUGGAAUAGAGCCCCUUUAUCACCCAUUUCGUGCCCACAGCAGAUAUCCACAGGGAGAUACCCAUUACAUUACUGAAGGCAUGAGCCCGCAUAAUAAGCCGAAAUGGAUUUUGUGUCUGAUAUAAAUGCAAGACCCAUGUUGCUUCCGAUUGUUACUUUAACAAAUGAGGUAAAGACUUCUUUUUGAGCCACACAGAUAGUUUCUGUUAACAAGCUGCUCAGUGUUGGUUUUUAAACUAGGUGAAAUCCCUCCAAGAUGUAUAUUAUCCACCCCAAAUUUUCCACCAAUAGGAUUGCAAGGCAAGCACAGCAUCAGCUGAUAGUCAUUGGCUGAUAGUGUUGAGCUCAUAGUCACUCCACCCACAACGAGCUGCAGAGGUCAGGGAAGGGGUUGGGGCGUUGUAGAGGAUACCAGACCCAAAUAGGAAUUUCUCCCCCAGAAGAGCCUUUAUCCCAAGAAUCAUGUGAUACGAUUCAAAAGGUCUUGCUGUAGACUUGAGUAGUCAAACAUCUUCCUUUCCGAAGUUACAUGGAAAUUCUUCGGAAACUAAACUCUGUGUCUCGGUGAGGAAAAGUCCUUUAAAGAAACAUGGUGAAUUACUACAAAGUACUGGGGAUGCCACAAAAUGCUUCCUCCUCUGAUAUUAAGAAGGCUUAUCACCAGUUAGCUCUUUGGGUCCACCCAGACAAGAACCCAGAAAACCGGGAGGCAGCUGAGGAGAAGUUCAAUCAAGUAGCAGAGGCCUAUGCAGUCUUGUCUGGUGCCGAGAAACACAACAACUAUGACAAGUCCAGAAGGAAUUGCAUCAAAAGGGAAAACAGAGGAGAUGGUGGGAACAAGGACUACUUGAAGGGGGAACUGUGGUUCGAGAAGCCACACUGUGGCUUUCAAAAUGUCUUUGAAGAUAAAGAGCCCUUCUCAGGAGACUCUUUUCCCAGUGGCCGUGUGGGUAGGGCCAGGAGGUUCCACUCCUCCUUCUUUUAUGUGACCCCCAUACUGGACACAGGAUUUUCCACUUUUGUAUCCCUGGGCUCUGGACCAAAUUCCCCUUCCUCUGCGACAUUUGUACCUUUUGUAAGCAGUGGAAUGGGAAACUUCAACCUGGUCACCACUUGUAGCCAGAUAGUGAAUGGCAAGGAAGUCGUUAUAAAGAAAGUUCUAGAAAAUGUGAGGCGGAAGACUGAAGUGGGAAAAGAACGCCUGUUUCAUCGGAUUCCUCCACGCCACUGGUAAGGAGUUGCUGCCGUGUUCUUCCAUGGGGAGACUUUGCUGUGAGGCUGGUGAGUCUGAUGCUUAUCAAAGACAGAACUGGAAUCUGAGAGUGUGUUGAACUGGAAUGGACAGGGGUCAGCUUAGUACAAAUUUCUCAUUUUACAGAGGGAGGGAAUAAUGGGCCGGAUGCUCCACAGGAACUAGGAAGCAGCAGAGUUUGGCUUCCAGCCCAAGUCUUCUGAUUCUAAAUUGAGCCUUCUUUUCUCCUGUACUCUAUUUGGGACAGUAGAGGCCACCACAGAUAUGGCCUUCUGAGACAUUUGCAGGGCCCUACCAUUAUAAAUCCCACUGACUCCUCUUCCUGACUUCUUUUUCCUGCCCUACCUUGUUAUUAUCCAUUGCCUCUUUCUUGAUGGCCCUCUUUUUCUCUUCCUAGCCUCUUUCUCUUUGCUUCUUCUCUUCCCACCUCUUCUUUCUCCCCAUUUCCAAUGGACCAUAUCAUAAUUAAGCUUAAUUGAAAGAGUCACCUAUGUAUUGUGACAACUUUACACCUAUGUAAAGUUGUCAGAGAAAGAGUGAAAAGUAAAUGGGUUAAGAUUUUUUUAAAUAUACUUUAAAAAAUAGCUAGGAUUUAUCGACCGCUCAGUAGAAGUCAGGAAUUCUACUUCAUGUGUUAUCUCAAUGAUCUUUUCAGCAGUGAGAUACAGUAGCUACUUCCCGCACCCCCCACCCCAUAUAGAUAAGGAAAUGAGGCUUAGAGAGAUUAAGUAACUAGCCCCAGGCCCCACCUAAUAAGCAAUAAGAUAGUGUCUUACUCUGAAACACAUGCUUAUCUACUGAGCUAUAACAUCUAUGGAUUCUACUCAUUUAUUUUUAGAUCUAGGGUCUUGGCCUCUUUGGAAAUUUACACCUGUCAUCUCGAAACCUUACUUCCAUGCAUGAGUACUUUCAGGAACUUAAGUAGGCAAGCAUUUUGAGUAUUAUUGCCCAGCAGGCACUUGGUUAUUCUAACAUGAAGACAGAAGACAGAAGCAAUGUAAAAAGUUUCACUGAAACUAACAAACAAUUAUCCCUUAACACAGAAAUGUAAACAAAAUCCCAAGAUGUGAAUUAUAUUUUUGUUUUGAAUUUUGGAUUGUUAAUGAAAAAUCAUGGGAUUUUUUCGUUUGUUUGUUUAACUGGAUCUGGUCACACUCCAACUCCUUCAUUUAUACACAGACUAGGCUCCAGAGGAGUGGUUCCUUGUGGAAAGUUACUGAUGGAGUCUGCAUUAAAACCUCUGUCUUCCAAUUUCCAGUCUCACACGCAUCCUAGUAUACCAUGCUGACUGGCAAAAGUUGGAUUUCAUUUGCCUUGCAAGCUUUUCUAGAAAUUACAUAACAAAUGAUUAGCUUUCUUAAUCAAGGAACUUUCCUAUGUUUGCAAUUUUUAUGAAACACAUUUUUAUGUAGUCUUUGAACUUUUUUUAAUCUCAGUGAAUUUUCUGAACUUGAACAAGAAUAUUCCUGCAUCCCUCUGGCAAAGGGUAGCUUUCAGGCAGGGGACAUACUUCCAGAAAAGAAACAGAAGAUGGAUUUGGAAUUGGAACACAUCCCAGUUCUUUCAAAGCCUACACAUUUCCACUUAGUAGUCAUUGAGAACAUCCUAUAUGUCAGACACGGUGCUAGGUGCCUGAUAUGAAUUAAUCAUUUUUAACCUCCAAAAUUCUCCAGGGGGUUAUUUCCAUUAUACAAGUUUGGAAACUGAGGCUCAGGGAAGUUAAGUCCCUUACCCAGAGCUACACAAUAAGUUGUGGAGACAAGGUUCAGACUGCAGUUUGUUUGACCUGGAAGCUCCCAUUUCCAUUAUGCCAUCUCCACUCCCAUUCAUCUGAGCUGCCAUAGUCAUGGUUUAAGAGGAAAGUUUUGUUGUAUAUAUGAAUUAUAUUCAUUUCAAAAAUUUUUAAAUGAGGAAUUCCAGAUGGAGCUUUCUUUUACCAACCCUCAUCUGAGGUGAACGGCAGUGUAGCUACCAAACAAAGGAAAAUCAAAUUGGAGUAUGAAACAUGAUUUUCCAUUUUGUCUUAAAUAAAAUCCAAAUUUCAGCAUUUUUCACAGACGUACUUGGCUUUUGACAGAAAUGCUGAGUUGUAGAAGGACUUUUUGCCAACAAAGAUGUAAAAAAAAUUCAUUUGCAGUUAGUCAAGGAAGUUUUCUUGUACAGAAAUGAAAGCAGUGGCAUCUCCUCCUGGUCCCCGUUUAAAAUAUGUGGUAAGUUAAAUAUGAGCAAACAACAGCAAAGGAAAGAUGGAGAGCAGGAAGGGCUUUGCUGUUUUUUGAAGCAGCCUGAGUGAAUCACUAUUCAUCUCAGUGUGUAAGAUAGAGCAUGAGCUUUGAUGUAACCUGCGAUUCAGAUUCCUGUGACCUCACGAUGCCUUCAGAGCUGCUGCGGUGGUUUCCAGAUGUCAGGGCUCCUCUCCAACUCUCAUACUUGCAGGUUUUACUGAUGGACAGUCUUUGGGAUUACUAGCUGCCUACAUAGAAAAAGAUACUUUAGGAUUGAAAAGUCAAUUCCUUUGUCCUUAAAUAAUUGUAAAAUGAGGGCUGCGGUCUGUCCAGGAAUACUGACGUGUGAUUGUGUAACACAAAGGUCAGGGAGCACUUGCAAGGGUGGUAUCAGAUGAAAUCCUGUCAAAACCCAAUAUCCCAUAUUAUAAACCAAGGAGACAGAGGAGGAGGGGACUUGCCUAAGGUCACAAAGUGGGUGUUUCUUCAGCCCCUAGCCCGGCGCUGUAUCUCCCACAUACUCAGACAUUCAGAGCACAUCUUCCUCACAGCCUGGCAAAAUACAUGAGAGACUUUGGAGGAAUGGCCCUCUUGGGGACAGUGUAGGAGGGAGUCACAGUUUUAUGUAGCUGCAGUUGCACACAGUGUCUCCUUGUCUGUCCAUCAGUGGGGGAGGUGGGUAAAAUCAUGAACAGCUGUGUCGAGGCUUACUGAGCAUGCUCAGCUGGCCCAUCACUUGAACCCAGGUUUCCUAAGAACCAGCUCAGAUUCUCCCCACAACAAACAAUAACAAAAAGAAGGUGGUAUUUGGCACUCUUCUCAGUGCAUCCUUUCCAAAGGUUUUCAAACUAUAGAUUUUCUAUAUUUGGGGUCCUUAUCUCUUUCACAAGAAGCCCAUUUUUAUUUCAUUCCAAAGGUUUGUAGUCUCCAGGGUACCUGGAGUGAAGUCUACCUGGUUGGAUACUUGAGAGGAGUGGGGAGUGGACUGAGAGGAGAAUGGGGGGGGGAAUUUGUGGUGGGCAAAGCUGUGCCCCUCGCUACCUUCUUUGGAAUCUUGAGGCUCCACCAAGAGGAAGUGGGGUAGCAUGAAAGUUGAUAUUCAGGUUGAGGCAGGAUGGUUCUCCUUUUAAAGGACAGGAAAGAAGUUCACAGAGAGUAAGUCAUUUUUCCAGUGCCCAUUGUUAUGAUUGAAAAGGUUUCAGAAAACCCAAGGCUCUGGUCCCCAUUGGUGCAUCUAGACAGCACAUAUUUACUUCUAAGUGUCAAGAGAAACAGAAGUGAGUUAUGAAAAGAACAUCGGCUUUGGCUGUAGGCAGAUGGGAGUUCAAAUUCUGUGCCACCCUUUCCUAAAUUCUUGGGCAGGCUAACUUCUUGCCUUGAUCCUUGGUUUGCCUAUAAAAUUAAGAUGGCAGUCCCUGCCUGUCCUAAUUUAUAGGGUUUGUUUUGGAAUUAGACAAAAAUUCUGCAUAAACUUCAAUAGAUUUUACAAGUGGAAAGUGUCAUUAUUCCUUUCAGAAGGAACAUCUUUGAUCCUUCAGGGUACAUACUCCAAGCUUGCUGUCAGUUUCUUGAGAUGCGACAUUUGUGAUGUGAUCUUGAAAACAAGAUCAGCUAUAGAUUAUAUUUAACUCCAAAAUAAAUGUAAAAGAUGGAAGAUAAAAGUAGAAGAUUCCAUUUUUGGCACUAUUUAAAAAAUAAUGUUUUUAGCGUGGAGACAAGCAAUAUGACUUCUUCCUUUGACCUUCCUUUUUUUUCUUCAUUAUCCUUGAGCUUUACCCUCUGCUUCCAUUAUAGGAAAUUGAUGGAAAAUCCCUGCUACUGAUGACAAGAAAUGAUGUGUUGACAGGACUUCAGUUAAAAUUGGGGCCUGCUCUGAAAAUCUAUG